AUCAGUUCCACAAGAGCAAUCAAAAGAAGAGGAUGCACUGCUUCACCUGGACGAUUCUGGGCGGCCUGUUGGCCCUUACCUCAGCUGCAGGAUUGCCCCAAAGGCCGAGCAGUGGUUACCAGGAGCAAGAUACGGCCAGAGCCUUCUACUCUUAUGGCUACCGGGAUGAGAAUGCGGCCAGGGCUGAGUACUCCUCCAGAGAUGGCACGUCCCGAGGAUUCUACUCUUAUGUGGAUGCCGAUGGAAAACUACAAACGGUUCGCUAUGAGGCCAAUGGCGUUCAGGGUUUCAAGGCCGAGGCGAGUAACCAGCCCCAAGCACCCGUGGACAAGGGAAAGGCUCCAUUGCCGGUAACCGAUACGGAGGAGGUGCAGCAGGCUCGUCUAAAUCACCUGAAUGCUUUGAGGGAAGCCAGGGAGAAAGCUUUAGCCACCAGUUUGCGUGAGGAGGCGGACAGAAGGCAGCAGGAGCAGAUCAGAAACAACAAUGAGGAUCAGCAGUCGGGGGAGCAGAGUCUGACCGAUGAGGAUGCGGCGAUCUUGGAGAGAGUACGAGCCGAGCUAUCAGCCAUGUUGGCCGAUCGUCAGCGAGAGCUUAAUCUGCCUAGGAACAGGGAUGACCGGGAGCAGCGAGAGAAGCAGGAAAUCCGACAGGAUCAGAGGAAGGAACUGAGACAAGAUCUGAGACAGGAGCAGAGGCAGGAUCAGCGAGAAGAUCGACGACAAGAUCAGCGAGAAGAUCGACGACAAAAUCAGCGAGAAGAUCGACGACAAGAUCAGCGAGAAGAGAGGCGAGAGGAUCAGCGAGAAGAGAGGGGAGAGGAUCAGCGAGAAGAGAGGCGAGAGGAUCGUCGUGAAGAUCGUCGAGAAGAUCGCCGUCAGGACCUAAGAAUUGACCAAGAAUCCCGUCAAGAUCUGCUCCAAGACCUGCGUCAAGAUCUGCGCCAAGAUCUGCGUCAAGAACUGCGCCAGGACCUGCGCCAAGAUCAGUCCCGAAACCAAGAAUCUUUGCGAGACUCGAGUCAAAUCCGGGAGAAUGCUCGUCAGAUCUCAUCUGAUCGCGAUGGCGAUGAUCUGCGCCUGCGCACCGUCUACUCCUUGGCUGAUCUAAGCUCCAGCAGUUACCUGAAACUCGGCGACUUGGCCAGUGCCGAGAAACUGCUCGAGGAUCGUUUGGACAACAGUGAUCUCCGUGUGCCAAUAGGUGCCUACUACACCCUGGUUUCUCCCAACACCAAGUACAGUGUUACCACGCCCACGGAACUGCGAACCCUGCGCCCAGUGGCCCUUAGUCGCAGUUUGUUGGUAAGCAAACGCAAUUAAUGGCCUGAUGAUGCGGAUCGUGGUGAUGGAUCAAAGCCGGCUAAUGAUCGUGGAACAAAGUGAGGAGUGACUAUGACGUGUUUCCUAAGAAUAAAUGCAAGACAGAGCACCAUUGUGCCAAAAGU